AUGGCUUCGAGGUGCGAAGACGGUACAGUUACCGGUAACUUUUUCGAUGAGCUGCCAAAUUUUCACAUCGAUACUUUUUCCGAGCUUGAAGAACAUCCAGGAAGAUUUGCCGAAGUCUCGGAAAGUGAUGUUGAAAAAUUCAUUGAGGGGGAAGAAAAUGCAAACACUAAAAAAAAGACCUUCUACGACUUAAAAUUAGUCAAAAAGUUUCUGGUAGAAAAGCGCCACGAAAUCAGAGAAAUAGAGAAGAUUCCUCCAACUGAAUUAGACAGCUACUUGAGCCAGUUUGUUUUAGCGGCAAGGACCAAGACUGGAAAAGAUUAUGAACCGUCAUCUCUCCGCGGAAUUUUGGCUAGUGUUGAACGCCAUUUGAGUCGCUCCAGUUACGGCAAAACUAUCUUCAAAGACAGUGUUUCAAAAAAACAAGAGACGCGUUGA